CUCAUCGACUCAUUUGUUCAAGUCCAACCACCAUUUCUUCUUCUUCUUCUUCUUCUUCUUCUACAAAGUGAAAUGUCAACGAUUCCCUUCACUUCCAAAUGCAACAACUAUACUUCUUCAACCUUCUUCUCCUAUUCUCUUCCUCUCCUCUUUCCUCGCCACAGCUUCACCACUUCUAUCAACCUUUCUCGAACUCGUAUCUUUUGCCAAUCUCAAUCCAAGAUAAGAAGGUUCUCCCCUUUAUUAGAAAGUUCAUUGCUUUCUGGUAAUGAUGGUGUCGUCUCGGAUGAGUGGAAAACAGUUCCUGAUAUUUGGAGAAGUUCUGCUGAGAAGUAUGGUGAUAAAAUUGCUCUCAUAGAUCCAUAUCAUGAUCCUCCUUCAACUAUGACUUACAAACAGUUGGAGGAUGCAAUAUUGGACUUUGCUGAGGGCUUGAGAGUUAUUGGAGUAAGUCCCAAUGAAAAGAUUGCGCUUUUUGCUGAUAAUUCUUGUCGCUGGCUUGUGGCAGAUCAAGGUAUGAUGGCAACCGGAGCAAUCAAUGUUGUUAGGGGUUCAAGGUCAUCAAUUGAAGAACUGCUGCAAAUAUACAACCACUCUGAAAGCAUUGCACUAGCUGUGGAUAAUCCAGAAAUGUUUAAUCGGAUUGCAAAAGCGUUUGAUUUGAAGGCUUCAAUGAGAUUUGUUAUUCUGCUGUGGGGAGAAAAAUCAUGCCUGGUCAAUGAAGGAAGCAAGGAAGUGCCAAUUUUUACAUUCACGGAAAUCAUGCAUUUGGGACGAGGGAGCCGCAGGUUGUUUGAAUCCCAUGAUGCUAGGAAGCACUAUGUGUUUGAAGCAAUAAAAUCUGAUGACAUUGCUACUCUUGUAUACACAAGUGGUACUACUGGAAAUCCAAAAGGUGUUAUGCUAACCCAUCAGAAUCUUUUGCAUCAGAUUAAAUUUUAUUCGGACAUUGUACCUGCUGAAGUUGGGGAUAGAUUUCUAAGUAUGCUGCCUCCUUGGCAUGCAUAUGAAAGAGCUUGUGAGUAUUUCAUUUUUUCAUGCGGUGUUGACCAAGUAUAUACAACUGUGAGAAACUUGAAGGAUGAUUUGGAGCGUUACCAGCCGCAUUACUUGAUUUCUGUUCCUUUAGUUUAUGAAUCGUUGUACAGUGGGAUCCAGAGGCAGAUUUCUACGAGCUCCCUUGUUAGAAAGCUUGUUGCACUGACAUUCAUCAGGGUCAGCUUAGGGUACAUGGAAUGUAAGCGGAUUUAUGAGGGUAAAUGUUUAACCAAGAACCAGAAGUCGCCUUCGUAUCUCUAUGCAAUGUUGGAUUGGCUAGGGGCAAGAAUUAUUGCCACAAUAUUAUUUCCAAUUCAUAUGCUGGCAAAGAAACUUGUCUACAGUAAAAUCCAUUCAGCUAUUGGAUUCUCUAAGGCUGGAAUAAGUGGUGGUGGUAGCUUACCUUCUCACGUCGAUAGGUUUUUCGAGGCAAUUGGUGUGACAUUGCAGAACGGAUAUGGUUUAACAGAAACUUCACCAGUUAUUGCUGCUCGACGACUUAGUUGUAAUGUUAUCGGAUCUGUCGGGCAUCCACUUAAGCAUACAGAGUUUAAAGUUGUAGAUUCUGAAACUGGUGAAGUUCUUCCACCUGGUUAUAAGGGAAUUUUGAAAGUCAGGGGCCCACAAUUGAUGAAGGGAUACUACAAGAAUCCUUCAGCCACAAAUCAGGCCAUAGACAAGGAUGGCUGGCUGAAUACUGGUGACAUAGGUUGGAUUGCUGCCUACCAUUCAUCUGGACGGAGUCGUAAUUGUGGCGGUGUGAUUGUUGUUGAAGGUCGUGCUAAAGACACCAUUGUGCUUUCAUCAGGUGAAAAUGUUGAACCGGUAGAACUUGAAGAAGCUGCGAUGAGGAGUAGUCUCAUACAACAAAUUGUUGUCAUUGGCCAGGAUAAGCGACGUCUAGGAGCUGUAGUUGUUCCCAACAAAGAAGUCUUAAAGGCAGCAAGGGAAUUGUCAAUUAUAGAUUCCAAUAGUUCAGAUCUCAGUCAGGAAAAUGUGACCAGUCUGAUAUAUAAUGAAUUAAGGACCUGGACGUCCGAGUUUCCAUUUCAAAUUGGGCCAAUCCUUCUCGUAAAUGAUCCCUUCACGAUUGAUAAUGGGCUAAUGACACCCACAAUGAAAAUUCGAAGGGAUAGAAUUAUGGCUCAAUACAAGGAGCAAAUAGAGAAUCUAUACAAGUAAUCUUUCCUAAUGCCAAUGGUAUGGCUACAAAUAGUUAAGACUCAACACAGAAACCAAAUGGAGAAUCUAUACAAGCAAACUCUCCUCAUGCUAAUGGCAUGCACAAUAGAGUUUUGGCUGUAGAUAGUAGCAAAAUCCUUAAUCCUUGUUCCUGUCUGUCAUUCCUUUUGUUAUUAUAUUUUCUUAGAGAAUGUAAAUACUGUUCGCUUUCAUUAAUAAAAGAUUUUGUGCCAAUGCAUUAUGUUAUUACAGGACGGAAAUGACUGUUUUCUUCUUUUGAA